AUGAGAUGCAGCAAGCACUUGACAUGUGGCGAGCCAAACUGGUUCAGGUCGAUCAUGAGCAAUGAUGAAAGCAUUGAUGCAGACAUUUCGAGCAGGAUUAAUAUGGGUUGGAUGAAAUGGAGAGAGCUGACAGGAGUGCUUUGCGACAAUAGAAUGUCCAUACACAUCAAGGGCAAAGUGUAUAAAGCUGCAGUGCGUCCAGCAAUGAUAUAUGAUGCUGAGUGCUGGCCUCUGAAAAAGCAACAUGCAGAGAAACUUCAUACUGCUGAGAUGAGAAUGCUGAGAUGGGCCAGAGGAGUAAGUAGACUGGACCACAUUAAGAACAUUCAUGUACGUGGCAGUUUUAAAGUUGUGCCAAUUGCUGAAAAAAUAAUGGAAGGAAGACUGCGAUGGUAUGGCCAUGUAAAGAGACGCCCACCCGAAAACAUGACUAGAAAAGUGCUGGAGAUAGAGUGA